AUGCCUUUUUACGCGCAGGAACAUGUAUUCUUCCCCACGAAAGAUAUCCUGUCAUGGAUGUAUGAUUCCCCACUGUUUGAACAGGACAGACCGAUAUACAUUGAUGCUGCGACCCCAACACACCAUAUAACCGUCGCAUGCGCCUACCUUCUGAUCCGUCAACUCAUCGCCGGCUUUAAACAUGCGGGGAUUUGUGCCGGCGAUGUCGUGCUAGUGCAUGCUUCCAACUCGAUCUACUAUCCCAUGAUUGUCUUGGGUAUCAUAGGUGCUGGAGCAAUCUACACAGGCACGAAUCCGGGGUACACGAGGUGGGAGAUUGAACAUGCGUUGAGAAGUAGUGGAGCGAAGAUGGUGAUUUGCGAUGAGGAGGUACUGAGUAAUGGGAUGACUGUGGCUGCGGAAGCCUGCGGUCUAUCCACAGAGCAGAUCUUAACAUUGGAUGACACGGCGAUCCAAGAUUCUCUACAGCAACUAAUGGACGGUCACCGCUCCUGGCGCACACUACUCACACAUGGCGAGGCGGACUGGCAGCGUUUCGACGACGAGAAGACAAGUCGAGAGACAGUUGCCGGUUUGUUCUUUUCCAGCGGAACGACAGGUCUGCCUAAGUUGACUAAACUGUCGCAUUACAAUCUCAUAGCACAACAUAUGCUAAUCUUUGAGGCGAAUCCGCGGCCAUAUAUCCUUAAGCGCUUGAUCGCGCUGCCGAUGUUUCAUGCUGCUACGGCGCCGUCGACGCAUAUUUCGCCAUUGCGGGCUGGACACCAACAGGUCGUUAUGCGGCGGUAUGAACCGAAACUGUUUCUUGAAAUGGUAGAGAAGCAUCAGAUUACAGACUUGACACUUGUGCCGCCCCAAGUAACGAGUAUGCUAGCACUCCCCUUGUCGGGAGAUGAGAAAAGGAGGAUGUUGGCAAGUGUGCGGUGGGGGCUUGGCGGGGCAGCGUAUUUGGAUGCUACGACACAGAAGCGCUUUCAGAACUUACUUCCGCCGGGGAGUCCGUUUACACAGAUCUGGGGCAUGACGGAGGUGAGUUGCUUCGGAUCGAUCUUUCCUUGGCCUGAGGAGGAUAGCACAGGGAGUGUGGGGAAAUUUGUGCCGAACUUGGAUGUCAAAUUGUUGGAUGAUGAGGGCAGGGAUAUCACAGCUUAUGAUGUGAGAGGUGAGCUGGCGGUUAGAGGGCCGACUGUUACAAGUGGGUAUGUGGGUGUGGCGCGAGAACGGGAUUUUGACGAAGAGGGUUACUUCAGGACUGGGGAUGUGCUUUAUUGUAACGGCAAGACCAAGUUGUGGUAUAUGGUUGAUCGGAAGAAAGAGCUUAUCAAGGUCCGAGGCUUCCAGGUUGCGCCGGCGGAGCUCGAAGGCGUGCUGUUGGAAUGUCCUGGAGUAGCAGAUGUCGCGGUUAUCGGAGUCAACACGGGUGAUGGUAACGAGGAGGUACCGAGAGCAUAUGUUGUUAGAAAGGAAGGUGAGGAAGUGGUUGAAGCCCAAGUCAAGCGUUGGGUCGAGGCUAGACUGGCAAAGUACAAAAGGCUUGAUGGCGGCGUCAUUUUCGUGACAAGUAUACCAAAGAGUCCAAGUGGCAAGAUCUUGAAGAGAAUCUUGAAAGAGAAGGCGAAAAGGGAAGAGAUCCAUGCGAAGUUAUGA